AACAAUUUAUCAAGUGAAUAAUAAGUUUAUUAAAAAUUUGUUAAAAUGGAAAAUAAGGAAGGUAUGAGAACUAGAAGAUGGUAUAAAGAAAAUGGAUUAGUUGAUGAAGAACCUAAACCAAAAGUUACAAAAAUUGAUAUUGAAAAAUACCCGGUAGUGAAGUUUUAUGGAAAAAUCGAAUAUUACACAACAUUUGACGAUAUAGCUUUAGCAUCUGAUAAACUAUUAAAUGAAGUCAAAGAAUCAAAAGAUGAUAUAUUUCCACUUGGAUUUGAUAUGGAAUGGCCAUUUAGUUUUAAAACUGGUCCUGGGAAAACAGCUUUAAUACAAAUAUGUCCAAAUAAACGGAUUUGUUAUUUAUUUCAGGUUAGUUUAUUGACAAAAUUACCUGCUGCUUUAACAGCAUUAUUAGGACACGAACGUGUAAAAUUGUGUGGUGUAAAUAUACGAAACGAUAUUCAUAAACUAGGAAGAGAUUUUCCAAAUAUACCAAAAGAAACACUGCUAGACAAUUGUAUUGAUUCAAGAAGUCAAGCUAAAGAAAUAUCUAAGCUACGAUCAUGGAGUAUGGAAAAAUUAGUGAAUUACUUUCUGAAAAUGCAAAUUGAUAAAAAUAAAAAAAUUCGUAUGAGUCAAUGGCAUGUAAUUCCAUUAUCUGAUGAUCAACAAAAAUAUGCAGCAAUUGAUGCUUUUAUUUCACUUUCACUUUAUAAGCAUCUCAAGUCUUUGAUAAAGCGAGCUGUUUUAGAAGAAAAACAAUUCAACGAACAAGAUAGUAUAACUCCACCAAUCUGUUAA